GUCGCACCACUACGUGGGCUUCAUCUCCAAGUUCGACACGUUGAAGGGGUAUGGCUUCGUGUCCUGCAACGAGACCUUCAAGCGCUUCGGCCGGGACAUCUUCAUUGACCGGGAGUCCUACCAGGGCGCCAAGAUCGGCGAUACCGUGGUCUUCUCUGUGGGCUUCAACAAGAAGGGCGAGGUGCGCGCUUGCGACGUGCAGAAGCUCAACGAGGUCACGCGCCUGAAGCAGGAACUGCAGCAGAAGAAGCAGACCUACAUGACCGGCGUUUCCAGGUCGGGGAUGAACGUCCAAUCCGCCUUGGAGCUGAUCCAGGGGAAGCGUGGCCCUGACGCCUUCGACGUGCCCGAGCGCCCGAAGAAGCGGCGGUGAGGC